GAAGACUCUCCCACUGACACAAGACCACAGCUCCACAAAUCUCCCAAAUGAACAACCAUUUCCUCCUCCUCCUCUGCUCCGCUCUGCUCUUUCCUCCGCUCAUCCACGGCCGUCCCACCGCCGCCGUCCGAUCACACGACGGAUCUGAAGAAUGGGGAUACGUCCAAGUCCGACCCAAAGCUCAUAUGUUCUGGUGGCUCUAUAGAAGCCCCUACAGAGUCGACCAUCCCUCCCAGCCAUGGCCCAUCAUCCUCUGGCUGCAGGGCGGCCCCGGAGCUUCUGGAGUUGGGAUUGGGAAUUUCAAGGAAGUGGGCCCAUUGGAUGCUGCUUUGAACCCGAGAAAUUCCAGUUGGAUUCAUAAAGCAGAUCUUUUAUUUGUGGAUAAUCCGGUGGGGACCGGGUAUAGCUUCGUGGAGGAAAUGAGUUCGCUAGUGAAAUCGGAUGUACAAGCCGCCGUGGAUUUAACGACGCUGUUACAGUCCAUUUUCAAUGGAGAUCAACGGCUGCAGAAGAGUCCGCUUUACAUUGUCGCCGAAUCCUACGGUGGGAAAUAUGCCGUGACGCUAGGAUUGUCGGCUUUGAAAGCGAUUGAAGCUGGGAGCUUGAAGGUUACACUUGGAGGGGUGGUGUUGGGCGAUAGUUGGAUUUCCCCGGAAGAUUACACGUUUUCAUGGGGACCUCUUCUAAAAGACAUGUCGAGGCUGGACGACAAAGGCCUGCUCAAAUCCAACACUAUUGCUAAGAGAAUUCAACGCCAGAUUCAAAGCGCUCAAUUCGUCGCUGCCACGUCAUCCUGGAGUGAGCUGGAAGAUGUGAUUAGUAGCAGUAGUAAUGACGUGGAUUUCUAUAAUUUUCUACUGGAUACGGGAGCGGAUUCAGUGGCGUCGGUAACAGGAAUGGAUAUGUCAAACGGCAUCGCUUCAUUGCGGAGAUAUUCAAGAUAUCUCAGCUCCGUCACCCCGACGGCUGGAGGAGAUAACGUAGAUUUGUCGGAUUUCAUGAAUCGUAUUAUAAGGAAGAAGCUCAAAAUAAUUCCAGAUAACGUCACAUGGGGCGGGCAGUCGGAAUACGUUUUCCGAAGUCUUCAAGAAGACUUUAUGAAGCCAAGGAUUAACGAGGUCGAUGAGUUGCUUGCUAAAGGAGUGGAAGUCACCAUAUACAAUGGCCAAGUGGACCUCAUAUGCUCAACCAAGGGAACGGAAUCAUGGGUUCAUAAGCUCAAGUGGGAUGGGCUACAAGCUUUUUUAAGUAUGGAAAGAACCCCUCUUUACUGUGGAAGUAACAAAGAUAGAACCAAAGGAUUCACCAAGUCUUACAAAAAUCUUCGCUUUUAUUGGAUUCUUGGAGCUGGCCACUUUGUGCCGGUAGACCAGCCCUGCGUAGCGUUAGAAAUGGUGGGAGCCUUCACACGGUCACCGGCUGCAAUUGCUCACAAGUAAACGAACAACACGUGGCAAAUAGUAGCUCAUUUAGAUUUACCAUUUAAAUAACAAAAUAGCAGUACAAAAAUAAUUGAGCUUCCAAUUUAUUUCUCCCUUUUAUUUAUUUUUUUUUAAGGAACAAUUUGUCUCAUUUCUGCCUAUAUCAAUAUCUCAACGAUAUUUCUACAAAUUAUUAUAAUAUUAGAAUAUUUUACAUGCCAA